UUUUUUUAUUUAUUCUUUUUGACAAGCGUUUAAACGAUAAAUUCGGGGUAAAGAAAAUCCUACCAAGCAAUUUGUUAAUUAAAUUUCAUUUCCCUAAGCGAAAAAAAAAUUACAAAUUCCACUCGAAAUAAACUCGUGUUCGAUAAAAGUUUUCCCAACUCCACAAACUGCACCCAUCUCACAUUCAAAAAGUCCGCAAACAUUUUCGUGCCCUAAAAAACAAAUUCCAAAAGAAAAACCUUGAACCAAAACCAAAAAGAAAAAACUAAACUAAAAUAAAAAGAACCAAAAAAAUAAAAUAAAAAAAAAACAAUGCCAGUGAAGUGUGCUUUGCUCUGCUUGCUUUUGCUUUAAAGUUCUUCGUUCCUCUGCCCUGAACUGCUGUGAGAUUUAAUCGAAGAAAACUAAAGAAACUGCGGUGUCAUCAGAACUUAGAACUCAAAACUUAGAACAGAAACUUUGUUAGGCCAGCAAUUUAAGUACCUACUCAUAAAAUAUCGACGGGGGUAAAAUAAUUAUGACCAGAGUUAUCUUUGAAUUGAAUUUUGUCGGGAAUUCAACGUUUGCGUCUAUUUGCAGCGCAUUUUGAACGAAAACUCAUAUUCAAUGAAUACUCCGAAGAAAUGAGCCAAGUAUCGCAGACUUGUGGCCGUAGUUGUAGCAUUUUAGCAGAGGAAUCCGAUUUGCUUUCGGUUGCUGAUGAUUCAACUGAUGUCGAGUGCAUCAAGUUAUCGUCAUCGAUUGAAACUGAAAGCCCCGAACGUGAAUUGAAGGAUAGUAAAACUUCGUUACCUUAUGUGGUGAAGACACCACGUGCCGAUAGUAAACUCAUUCUACAAAACAUGGAGGAAGUUCUGAAUUCCGUCAAACGCAAACACAAGCAAAAACACCGUCGCAAGAAGGAGCUGAAGAAGAUAGCUCUGCAGGAGGCCGAAGCUGCUGCCGCAGCGGAAAAUGAAGCCAAUUCUGAUGCGACUAAGGUGAGUCAGAAGAGUCCAAAGCACCCGUUGCAAGAGAGCAAGAAGAAUGUCGAUGAAAUUGGUGGCGAAUUGAAGAGUCCGCUGAAGAAUGCAACGAUCUUGGAUCAUUUCUCGAGGACUCCCAAAAAACACGAACCGGAAUGUAGUGUAUCGGUAUCGGAGUCGGUUAAGCAAGAGGCGACGAGUGUGGUGACGAAGAAGGCGAACGCGUUCGAGGUGUUGAUGAAUGCUCGCAACAAGAGCAUUGGAUCGAAUACUCCCGGCAAGGAACCGCCCACAACGCCUGCCGAUCAGGCAGCUGCUGAAGACGAACACAAAGUUACACAGAUUAAGAGGAAGAUCGCCCUGCAAGAGUGGGCCGAUCGCAAAGGGGCCAUCAAGCGCCGAUUGGAUGAUGAAGCCACCGAGGCUUACAUCGAGAAGGCGAUGAAACAUCGGGCAAAGAGAUUCAAAUCAAUGCUCACCAAUGGCCACGAAGCAAAAUCCGAAGAGAAACCAGCAACACCGUUAGCUGCUGAGAGAACUGAGAAGCCAACUCCCCCCGAAUCAAAAUCAUCAGCCAAAGUAUCGCAAUCGGCCAAAUCUAAAGCAGCCUCAAAACCAAAACGCAUUUCGAGACUUACACGUCGUGUGUCGUCAGUUGAUUCUACUGAAUCCAUAGACAAUGCCAGUCAGGACUCUAGUGGAUUCCUGGCAAAACUCUCCUCACCAAUAAAGAAACGUGACAGUUUAUUGGGCUACUUUCCCAAGAAACCAUCACCAGCAAUCGAAGCUGUGGAAUCGCAAGCAAAAGAUAAAGAAAAACUGCCUCAGUCAAAUGAAGUCCCAACAGAAUAUUUAACUCCAAAGCGUGGAAAAGGUCGCCCGUCAAAAAAACAAAAGGCAACAGCAACUCCAAUUCCAAUUCCAAAAGAACCCGAGGUGGCUGUGGAAGCAAUUGAAAUAUUAAUAGAAACUCCAGAACAAUCAACGACUGGCAGUGGUCGCCCCAAAAGACAAUGUUCUCGAAAAUCUAGAUACGAUGAAGAUGUGAGUCCGAUUUCGACGACAAGGGUUGAAGAAAAACCACUCACCCGUUCAGUUAAAAAAGCUCCAAAACUCGACGCAUCGGAAGUUGAAGUCAUAAUCGAUGUGGAUAGUGAAAGUCCAAAGCAAACUCCAAAGAAACUGGCCCCACUCUUUAUAAAAGCAGUGCCCAAGCCAAGUAUAGACCCCGAGAUGUUGCGAGCCAAGCAGCAAUUCCUGAUGUCCGGUGUGCCGGAGAAGAUGCGCCUUGAAAUGGCCAAACAAAAGCAAUACGAACAAUCGUACGAGGAAGCCAUCGAGGAGUUUCCGAGUGUGAGUCAUGUGAGGCAGCUGAGUCCGAGCGAGAACACAGACAACGAUAAAUUCGAGAUUACCUUCAAAUUGCGUCCGAAUCAUGACGACGACGAGGGGGAGGAGCACAAAACGCCGUCGAGGAAAGUGCGAAAGCGGGCAAUAGGUACCUUCACAUCGUGUACGCAAAAAGAUUUUCGCGCCGCGCCAAGAAACAUGCUUAUCGGACCAAAUCCAUUGACUCAAAUCGAUAACAAGCGACAGAUCAUCAAGGAGUGGAAGGUCGCCUACGAUCGCUUCCCCACCUUCAGGUGUUACAAUCAGCUGCGAGAGAAGUACCGUCACUUCUGUGCAAUAGAUUCGGAGCAGGAGGCGGAACAAUUCACAGACACCUUCGUCGUGACUCGCAGCAGUAGUCGGCGAUCCCUGACGAAGGCUAAAUUCGAUCCAGACGCCGAAGAAGAGAAACCACCUCCGUCGGCGCCCAACGGGGAACUCCUCUUCACAGAGAAAUACAAAGCAAUGUCCUCGGACCAGGUCCUCGUCAAUGUGGCUCCGGUAAAUCAAUUGAAGGAGUUUCUAUCGUCUUGGCGGGGGGUUUCCCGUGCAAACGAACAGAAUUCCUUCGCCGAACUGAACGAUUCCAGCAACAGCAGCAGCGCCUCUUGCAAUUCAGUUGUGCUUCUAGGACCUAAUUCUAGCGGCAAAACCAACGCAGUGUUCGCUCUGGCCAACGAGAUGAACUUUGCCGUACUCGAAGUGAAUGCUGGCAUGAAACGCACGGGCAAGAAACUCCUGCAGGAGCUCCAAGAAGCCACCCAAUCUCAUCAGAUUCGCAAGGACUCGAAAGUCAACAAAUCAAACAAGAGUCUGCUGAAGAGCACGCUGAAUGGCAACAACAAGAAGAAGCGGCAAUCCGCCGAGGAAAACACCGUCGUCGAUGAUUUUGAGCAGAGCACCAGGAAGUCUCUGAUUCUUAUCGAAGAUGCGGAUAUCAUUUUUGAACAACACGACGCCGGAUUCGUUGACGCCCUCUACACUUUGGCAUCGACUUCGAAACGUCCGGUCAUCAUUAUGGCCACGAAUCCAAAUUGCCAACACCUGCAACGUCUGAUCAAUCAAAAUACAAUUUGGUUUGCUCCGGCGAAUGUACUUAAUAUAUCGAAGUUCCUUUCUGUGCUCUCGCUCAUCGAAAACUGUCCAGUUGAGCUGAAUGAUCUGGUGAGUUUGUACCUGUUGAAUCGGAAGCACCUGCGAAAGACAAUCCUGGAGAUGCAGUUCUACAUUCAGAGCGGUGGUGAUCGGGUGGUCAAAUCAAUAAAGAAGAAUGCCUCCUCCUCCUCGUCCACCACCACCACCAGCGACGACAAAGGCAAUUCGUCCGCACAGUUUUUCGCUUCCCCACAAAAGCGACGCUUCUCUGAGGAACCUAACCAAGUCACCGAAUCAGCAAUCGACGAUGAAUCCGAUAGAAAUAGAAAGAAAUGUUCUGCUUUAGGUUUGACGGGAGGCGGUGGCAGCGGCAGCGGCAGCAAUGAAGUCAACUUCCACAAAGGUCUCUUUGAAUUCUUCACCGUUUGUCAGAAUAUGAAGUGUCGAAUACCAUUUCCCGUUGAUUUCCAUUUGCUACGAACAAAUUUGACAGAUAUCUUUCAUGUUUCGAGAAAUUUAACCGAGACAAAUGCUUCGACACGUCGCAAGUCUAAGAGUCCGAAAAAAGCUUGGCUCUCUGCCGCCAAUCGACCAUCCGUCACAAGAUCGUUGAGUGAUUUCUAUGAGAAUCUUUCGGCGGCAACUAUGGUUGCCGGGGUGCAGGAGCGUGAAGAUCGUCUAACGAACAGUCUGAGCGAGGAUUUGGCUCAUUGUCUGGUGGAACGUGCAAUUGAAAAGAAUCUUGUUGCUGGAUAUUAUGCUUAUAAUUUAUUUGAUACGCCGCAAGACGGCAUCACCCUAACCAAUUUUACUCCAGUCACCCCUCUGCGUUCCACUCGAUCAUUGGCAUUGGACUACGAGCCGUCGCUGCGUUCGAUUUGUCGCAGUGAAAAAUCCCGUUUAUCUAACGACCGACGUGGAUCACGUUUCUAUCAUUAUCUCCGCAACAGUUGUGUGAAUCUGGGUUCAUAUUCACUGGAUAAUUUCGAAAAUGCAUGCGAUAUCUUAAACGAUCCAUCCGACAUUGAAAUACUCUCGUCGCAGGCCUCGUCGUCACAAAAAUCCGAAUAACAAUCGUCGAGACGACAAUAAAACAACACUCAAAAGAAAAUAAAACAACAAAAAAAGAGAAGAAGAAAAUUAUCUUUAAAAUAAUAAUUAAAUUAAUUUAUGUUAUUUGUAGAAAAAACAAAACAACUGAAAGUGUUCU